AUAAAGACAAAAACCCUCCCAAAAACUUCACUUCCUUUCUUUCAUUCCUUGUUUUUCCUCUUUGACAUUCCAAUUACAUCAAAUCCAUAAAAUUUGAGCAGCACAAAAAAGUAAGUAAAGAUGUUAAGCAGAGCAUCUUACUCUCAUCAUCGUUUACCCUCCAUUACAUUUUCUUCACCUUCACCUUCCUUUUCUUCUUUUAGAUUUUCCUUCAAUUUAUACCCAAUUUUUCAUCUAUCCUCUAAUUCUAAACACCCUCAAAAACUUCAAUUUGAAACCUUUAGAUUUUCUACUUCUUGUUUUUCUUCAAAUUUCACCAGUUUUUUCAAUUCUGCAAUACCCAUUUCGAAUCUUAGUGUCCCUUCUUUUUCUGGGUGCUUUAGUUCUGCCCCAACUAUGAUGGGUCGUUCUUCUUUCAAAGCAUUUACAACUGGAGGUAGCUCCGGAGGUGAUAGGGAAAUAUUGGUGCAACAUCUGCUUGUCAAAGAAAAUGACCUUAACCUUCUAGUGGAACUUCAGAAAAGGGUUGCUGGAGGGGAGGAUUUAAGUGACCUUGCUGUGGAAUACUCUCUUUGCCCAUCCAAAGAAGAGGGUGGGGUGCUUGGUUGGGUCAGAAGAGGACAAAUGGUACCAGAAUUUGAAGAGGCUGCAUUUUCUGCACCACCAAACAAAGUUGUAAGAUGUAAAACAAGCUUUGGAUGGCACUUGCUGCAAGUCUUAUCGGAGAGGGAAGGGUCAUUGCUUGGUGAAAUUCAACCAAGUGAGCUUCAUGAGAGUAUGCAAGAUCCCAGUUUCACAGAAAAGGCACAGCUGAUCGAUGUUCGAGAGCCAGAAGAAGUGACUAAAGCAUCUUUACCAGGUUUUCAGGUUCUUCCUCUUCAACAAUUUGGAAGUUGGGGACCUGACAUAACAACCAAGUUUGAUCCUGACAAAGAUACUUAUGUUAUGUGUCACCAUGGCAUGCGGUCACUGCAGGUUGCUAAAUGGUUGCAGACACAGGGCUUCAAGAGAGUGUUCAAUGUAGCUGGAGGUAUUCAUGCUUAUGCUGUCAAGGUUGAUCCUUCUGUUCCAACUUAUUAGGAAACUCGAGAUACAAGAAGUCGACCAAAACGAGCAGCUGAAUUUUGUUUUAGACUUCCAUAUUCACUUCCCCUUGUUUUUUUUUUAUUUUUAUUUUCAAAAUUCCAAUGAGUAGAAGCAAAAAUGUUUCUUGCUUUUCGAACAACAUUCAUAUUUGCAGAAUACAUGCUUAGUUAGUUAAUGUGUAGAAUGCAUGUUAUUUCUCUAGAGUCGAAAUAUCAAUGCAUCUCAUCAAUUUUCUUGAA